CCCAUCCUCUCUCUCUCUCUCUAUCUAUACAUACACAAGUGUGUAUGUGUACAUACAUAAUUAAGUAGUGAUGUGAUACAUAAGCUAGCACACCCAGAAUAAAGUUGUCUCUCUUUAUUCAAGUUUCCCCACUUUCACUACCUUUGUUCUAGCUGCACCCAAGACAUCAAAGAAACCCUUCAAUUCUCCUCUCUACCAAUUCAUUUUAUGUAAUUUCAUCUUCUUCUUCUUCUUCUUCACCAUCACUCAUUUUAUUCAACCCAAGAUUUUGCUCGGUAAACAUGUCAACCUGCAACGCUGCCGCCGCCCCUGAACAACUCUGCUACAUCCCUUGCAACUUCUGCAACAUCGUCCUCGCGGUGAGUGUUCCAUGCAGCAGCCUGUACGAAAUUGUGACCGUCCGAUGUGGGCACUGCACAAAUCUGUGGUCUGUGAACAUGGCUGCUGCCUUUCAUCAUCACUCUCUCUCCUCUUCAUCUCCUCCAUCUUCUCCAUGGCAAGAUCACCAUGCUCAGGUACCCAACUAUACUUCUCCUGAGUACAUGGGGAAUGGCUCCUCUUCCAAAUUCAAUCACAAGAUGCCGAGUCGACCACCAAUAACCACCAGCAUUGAAGAAAGAAUUGUGAACCGCCCUCCCGAGAAGAGGGCUAGAGUGCCUUCUGCAUAUAACCAAUUCAUAAAAGAAGAGAUCCAGAGGAUCAAGGCUAAUAACCCAGAUAUCAGCCACAGAGAAGCAUUUAGUACUGCUGCCAAAAAUUGGGCACACUUCCCUCACAUUCACUUUGGUCUCAUGCUGGAUUCCAACAACAAUCAACCUAAGCUUGGGGUUUCUGAGGGAACUGGAAAGCGUCUUUCCAAAGGGCUGCAGUAUUGAACAGUUGAAGGCAACUCCUUGAAUUGUAUAACUUAUUCUCUCAUGGAUUGAUGAUAACAGUGGCACUAAAUAUGUUUUUUUAUAUAUAGCCGUUAUUGUACUUGAAACAAUUAAGACAAAGAGUUGAGUUAUUGAUUAUAUUGUGAAAUAUAUCAACAAGCUAUGAUUGUCUGUUGUUUAUAAUAUUUCAAUUUUAAUGCA